AUGCCAGAACUACUUCAGCUCGAGUGCCACUUCACCUGGGGUUUGGAUGUCACUGACUUAAAUGAUCUACAGAAUAGGCUCAAAAGCAAAAUUAAAUUGUCAGAUGGAGAGGACCGGAAUAUCGGAUGGUCAUACAGUAAUCUGGCUUUUACAAAGUUCAAUCAAGGUCUCCUUGAGGAAGCGCGGGAUUACUUGGAAAAGGCUGAGGAGCACAUCAGGAAGCAUCACGGUGACAACUGUGAGAGGCAGCUCAUCGUCACCUAUGGCAAUUUUGCAUGGGUGUAUUAUCACAUGGGUGAGCACGCACAAUCCCAGACCUACCUGGACAAGCUGGAGAAGAUUAAGAUUCCUCCAGAAUCCCCUGUUGUUCUCCAUCCUGAAAUCUAUGGGGAGAAAGGCUGGGCAUUCCUGGACUUCUCUCCUCAAUACUAUGAGAAAGCAAAAGAUUGCUUUGAGAAGGCGCUGGAGUUGGAGCCCGAAGAGAUAGAGUGGAAUAAGGGUUAUGCUGUGGCUCUGUAUCGCACAGAGUUCAAUCUCACAAGCUUUGAAGAGUCCCCAGCAAGCAGGCAGUUGAGGCGGGUUUUAGAACUUGAUCCAAGCAAUGCUUACAUCAUGGUUCUGCUGGGUCUGAAGCACGCUGACUAUGAAGAGUAUCAGAGAGCCGAGGAGCUGAUGGAAACGGCCAUAGACUUGGAUCCCAACAAACCCUACGUGAUACAGUAUGUGGCAAAGUUCUAUCGGAAAAUAAAAAAAUUUGAUGUGGCCAUAUCUCUUCUGGAAAGAGCACUGGAAAUAACUCCUGAUUCAGCCUUACUGCACUAUCACCUUGGACUCAACUAUUCUAGGAAAGCUGCAAACAACAGGCUGCAACAUCAUCUGCUCAGCUUGAGCAUCCAGCACAUCGAAACAGCUAUUGCCCUGAGACCUGCCUUCAUUGGUGCCAUGGCGGAAUUAGGAGGCAUCUAUGCGAAAGCAAAGAAUUACAUGAAAGCAGAAGAGGUGUUUCAGAGAGCACUUGCAGCUGCUACUGAUGAAAAUGAGUACCGGCAGAUGGUCAUAGUCCUUUAUGCGCAUUUCCUGUACCACCACAAAAGAUUAGUGCCUUUGGCUGUGAUGAGGUACAAGCAAGGACUCCAAUUACAGCAAGAUACACAAGAUGGGGAAAUGUGUGCAAAGAAACUUCAGGAAAUAGCAAUUGGGCAAAUCUCCAGAAACCCCCAUGAUGCCGCAGCCUUUGGGACUCUGGGUUAUGUUCACCAAAUGAGAGGUGACAAACGGCAAGCCAUUGAGUGCUAUGAGAAGGCCAUUCUGUAUGAUCCUGGCAAUGAGGAGUACCUCACUGCUCUGUGUGACCUCCGCUUGGGUCUGCAAUGAUAUCCAAAGUGAAAUGUAAAAUCUGUCAGUGAAGAAUGUAAGAGUUUUGCCUUUUGUUGAAAUGCACCCUAUAUGUCAUAUUAUUGAUGAACUUGUUAAACUGUUUUAAAAAAUGUUAAGCUUACAGGAAAAUGAAUUGCAGGUUAAAUUGUCAGAAAUUUAAGGAAUAUGAACACAAAACAAGAAUUAUUAUCUGUAGUUAAUUUAUGUUUGUUUAAAUAUUGCACUGUAUCUAAAAAAUAAUAAAAGAGUAUUUGAGAUGGCCAUGCACUGUAAUUGCUCAGGAAUAUACAAUGUAUUUAAAAUGAUCAGCACCACUAAAAUGUCCUUAAUUGUAAAAAUAAACUGUUUUCAGUCAAA